UUAUUUCAAAACAUUAGGAUAUAAAUUGAUUUUUUUACAAAUUUAUUAUACGGAGUCAACGGCUUCCCCAUGUGCCCAAAUUAGUGGAAUUUCAAAGUCCGAACAUGGCAAGCUAAGCUCAGACGAAGAUUUCUUCAACAUGGAUGGCGAUGGCGUAGCAUUCUUCUGCAAUCAUAUUGCCUCAAAUGUCAUUCAUCCAACACACUCCCUGAUAUUCUUCCGUCAAUUAUUCAGCAUUUGGCUUGUCAUAUAUGCCUCACGGAGGAGAUAUGGCUGCUUUCUCAAUUCUCAUCAAUCAGUGCAGCUAAAGAUAGACCCAAGAGGUAGAGGACGAUUAAUGGGAACAUCAGGGCAUUGCCUCUUUGGUAUCUUGCUAAGUGGUUUAGCACUGGCUCUUCUACAUGUUCAAGCUCAGGAUCAGUCAGGCUUCAUUAGUUUAGACUGUGGAUUACCAGAGGGUACGAGCUACACCGAAACAACAACUAAAAUUAACUAUGUUUCUGAUGCAUCCUUCAUAAACAGUGGAGUAAGUCAAGAUGUAGCUUCGGUGUAUGGAGAUGGAGAUACCUAUCCCAAGCAAUUGAGGAAGCUGAGAAGCUUCCCUCAAGGAAUCAGAAACUGUUAUAGUGUAAGCACUGUAAAGGGUACUGAAUACUUGAUUCGAGCAAGUUUCUUGUACGGGAAUUAUGAUGGCUUGGAUACGCUACCAAUGUUUGAUCUCUAUAUUGAGAAUAGCUUGUGGCAGACCUUAAAUUUCUCUGACAAUGGCAUGGAUGCUUACAUAGAUCUCAUACAUGUCACCUCCUCAAACGCAGUUCGCAUCUGUCUGAUCAAUACAGGGAAUGGAGUGCCAUUUAUUUCAGCAUUAGAAUUUAGACCUUCACUCAACAUCACUUAUCUAACUAUCUCAUCAUCCUUGUCACUUUAUACUCGAAUGGAUAUUGGUUCAACAGAAGAUCAAAAGUACAGAUUCCCUUUUGAUGUUUAUGAUCGUAUCUGGUCACCAUUUAACUCCAACGAGUGGACACAAGUAAGCACCAACCUUAGUGUAGAACCUAUAGGGAAUAACGGUCUCCAACUGCCAUCAAUUGUCAUGCAAACUGCUUCCACUCCAAAAAACAAGAGCAAGCCUCUGGAAAUUUGGUGGGAUGCGAUAGAUUCAUCUCAAUAUUAUAUACUUAUGCACGUUGCUGAAGUUUUAAGGCCUGAAGUCAAUAAAAGUAGAGAGUUCAUUAUCACUUACAAUGGCGAUUUUGUUCUUGGACCAAUUAUUCCAAAUUAUUUGUCCACGAUGUCUAUUUUUCCUAAAGAACCAUUGGAGGGAGCAAAUAGACAUGUAAUUUCCUUCAUUUCAACCGAGGAUGCAACACUUCCUCCUAUCAUCAAUGCUUUUGAGUUAUAUAUAGGGAAAAACAUAUCAAAGUUAGAAGCAGACCAAGGAGAUGUGGAUGCAAUUACCAAUAUCAAGUCAACUUAUGGAAUAAAGAAGGAUUGGCAAGGAGAUCCAUGUGUGCCAAUGGGAUUUCCUUGGAGUGGAUUAAAUUGUAGCAAUGGAACUGUUCCAAGAAUUAUAUCCUUGAACCUAUCUACAAGUGGACUGACAGGUGAAAUAUCUCCUUACAUAUCAAAUCUAACAAUGUUGCAAAUUUUUAGGCUAGAGGGGCUUGUGAUCUGCGGAAUUUGGAGAACAGUUUUUAGGGAAGUUCAAGCCUCUCGGAGUGCUUUAAUAUUGGAUUUGUCCGAUAAUGAGUUGACUGGAGAGCUGCCAGAAUUAGUAAAAUUGCCAAAUUUAAGGAUCCUUUAUUUAACCAGAAACAGGUUCACGGGCUUAAUUCCCAAGGAUCUCUUGCUAAGGGCUGAAGCUGGAUUACUUACAUUGAGUGUGGGUGAAAAUCCAGAUCUUUGUACAUCACUUGAAUGUGUUAACAAGAGGAAGAAUAACAAGAGGAAGAAGUACUUGGUUGCUAUAAUUCUCUCCAGUAUUAUAGCUGUGCUCCUACCUAUCUUUAUGGUCACUCUGGUAAUCUACAAAAGGAGAAAACAAAGAGGGAAUCUCAAAAGAUCAAUUCAAGAAAGGUUACUUAAGUCGAAAACCCAUCUGGUUCAUUUCUCCGAGAUAUUGGUCAUCACAGAUAACUUGAAGACAACUAUUGGGGAAGGAGGUUUUGGAAAAGUAUACUUGGGUGUACUGAGCGAUAAAACCCAAGUUGCUGUCAAGUUGAUGUCUUCAAUGUCACAGCAAGGCUACAAUGAAUUUAGAGCUGAGGCUCAAAUAUUAACAGUUGUUCAUCAUAUAAAUCUGGUUUCUCUUAUUGGUUACUGUGAUGAGGCUGAGAAUAAGGCACUUAUUUACGAAUUCAUGGGUAAUGGAAGUUUACGCGAUUUUCUAUCUGAUUCGAGCACAAAGGUCUUGAAUUGGAUGGAAAGACUCCAAAUUGCAGUUGAUGCAGCUCAAGGGUUGGAAUAUUUACACAAUGGUUGCGUGCCACCUAUAAUUCACAGAGAUAUGAAGUCUUCCAAUAUCCUACUGAAUAAACAAAUGCAAGCUAAAAUAUCAGAUUUUGGACUAUCCAGGGUAUUUGUAAAUGAAAGUGAUACUCAUUUCUCCACAUGUCCUGCUGGUACCUUCGGAUAUCUCGACCCGACGGUUCAUUUAUCAAGAAACUUCAUCAAGAAAAGUGAUGUUUACAGCUUUGGGAUUGUCUUGUUUGAGCUGAUCACUGGACAUCCAGCCAUAAUCAAGAGCUCUGAAAACAACAUCCACAUAGUUGAUUGGGUUAAGCCUCACAUUGCAGAAGGUAACAUCCAAAACAUUGUUGAUCCAAGGCUAGAAGGCUCUAUAGAAAGUGGUUCUGCAAGUAAAUUUGUGGAGCUUGCUCUGUCUUGCACAUUGCCAACUUCAGCAGGAAGGCCUGACAUGAGUGACAUGGUGUUACAACUCAUAGAAUGUUUGAAGAUGGUUCAAGAGAGAACCCCACAAAUGUCACAUAACAAUGCUGAGAACUUUUCAAACAAUUCCAUUGACUCUGGAUCCCUUCCUAGUCCUAGAUAGAGAUGAAAACCAAUCAUUCCUUUUUUCUUGGAUUCUAAAACAUUCUUGCUUGUGCUUGCACAUUAUUCUUCUGCCUUUUGUUUCAUUGAUCUUUCUCUCA